CACGUGCGUUGCUUUUACAAGGUAAGAAAACAGCAUUGCUUUUUACAUACCACCAGUAAUUGUUUCUCGUUAUUUUGGAUUUUGUGAUUAAUAAUUCAAAGCUGAAUCGCUCGGCUCUCACGUUUUAUGUUGCUCGCGUGUCGCCAAAAUCGAAAAUAUAUAUAUAUAUAUUUUGCUGUUUACAAGGCUAUACACAAAUGAAGUUCCAUUAUUAUGAUUCUCUUCAACUAUUCAAAGUUCGAAAAAGUUAACUCCAACCAAAUGCUUUAACUGUGGUAUCAAAUCACUUACUUGGAAAAUUUUAGUUAUACGUCUAACAUUUAUUUAUAGUUUCCUAACUUUUUUCAAACAUUUGUUAGGUAUGAACCGAUAUCAGAGAAUAAAGAAGUUGGGCGACGGAACUUACGGCGAAGUUUAUUUGGCUCAGAUUUCUGACACGAAUGAAAUAGUUGCGAUUAAGAAGAUGAAGCGAAAGUAUUACUCGUGGGACGAAUGCCUCAAAUUGCGCGAAAUAGAAGCCCUUCGAAAGUUGAGUCAUCCAAACAUCAUAAAACUUAAAGAGGUGAUUCGAGAGAACGACGAAUUGUUUAUGAUUUUUGAAUACAUGAAGGAGAAUUUGUAUGAUUACCUUAAAAGGAAAGUUAAAUUAAAUAACGCAACUGUUAAACAUGUGACUUAUCAAGUGCUGCUCGGCCUGAAAGCAAUGCACCAAAAAGGGUUCUUUCAUCGAGACAUGAAACCCGAGAACCUCCUCUUAAACGACAACGGGCAGGAUCCACCGACAGUAAAAAUUGCCGACUUCGGGUUGGCUCGCAACAUCCGAAGUAAGCCCCCAUAUACCGACUAUGUUUCGACUCGUUGGUACCGUGCACCCGAAGUUCUCCUGCAGUCUCGUAACUAUUCGGCGCCUAUUGAUGUUUGGGCUGUCGGUUGCAUCGUCCCGGAACUUUUCACCGGCCGACCACUUUUUCCCGGCUCGUCUGAAAUUGACCAGUUGCAUAAAUUAUGUAACAUUCUGGGCACAUUUACACAGCAAGACUGGCCUGAAGGCGUCUCAAUGAGCAAGCACAAAUUCCCCCAGUACAAAGCGGUGACACUGGAGUCCAUAAUACCCACAGCUGAACCCUCGGCUAUCCAGCUGAUAGACCAGUGUUUAAAAUGGAAUCCAGCGAAACGAGCCAAGGCAAACGACCUUCUAAACUGCAGUUGGUUCUCAAACAUGCGACUUGUUUCCUUUCCAAGCGCCAAUAGUGCGACUAAAAAACAGGAUCAUGCAAACGGAUAUGGAAGUGCGAACCCAAACUACCCAAUUCCCGCCAGAACUGCUGGCUCUGAAGGACGUCGCGCGAUGCAAGGCGCCGCCGCUGCCGCAAAUGCCAACCGAAACGCCCAGACUCACCCAUCGGGUGACCUCGGGUCGAGUCAUGGAGGUCGUGGUGAAGGCGACUCCAGACCCCAAGCUCCUCCCACUUUCGGAGAAAAUAAACCAAAAAUACAAUCCGGCCGGUUGUCCAAAAACCCGAAGAUUUCGGAUGAUUUUGACGAGGAUGAGUUUUCAGCUAUUUUCAACAUCAAACCUGAAAAACGACAACGAACAGAAUUGGCUUCCUUAUUUGGAAGUCAAAAGGAAAACACGAUGAGUGCAAAUCACCGAAACCAACUGCCACCCAUCAACACAAACUCACGAAGAGAUUCGGCUACGAGAUACUACGAGACCAACGCAAGAUACAAACCGCAACAAAACCCGAAUCAAGCUUCGAAUCAAUUCAGAGAUCUAAAUUCAGGAAACCAUAGUGGAAACAACAACUUCAUGUCAUCUUUCAAUCAUGGAAACAGUAAUGAUGGAAACAGCUUUGGGGGACUAGGUUCAAAUCCCAGUGCGGGCGGUGGCAUUGGAGGCGGUGGGGGAUACAAACCCGGGUUCGGGGGUCGCAGGAACUCUGGAAACAAACAAGGCUUCAUGCAAGGAGCACCUUCGCACCAGAAUAACAAACCUCUCAUCGGAGCUAUAGGUGGACCAAGUCUAAUAGACAAAUAUCACCCCUACAAGUUUUGAUCUGAAUUCUAAUUUUAAUUAUCCACAAUCACGUGACGUGUUCUCUUUUCCUCUCGCUUUGAAGUUUGCUGAAUAAUAAUGUAUAAUAGAUUUUGUUAAUUUUUCUUUUAA